AUGGGAAUCAAAGUUCGUAAACCUUUCUGCCUCAGCUUCAAGGGAGUACCUACAUCUCUGAAGAUUCUUUGUGAUAAUGUUUCUGGUGCUUUUGUGCUUUUCGAGUCUCUUAACAGAUUAAUCAGCCUGGUACGAACCAAAGUGGAUGAAACGCUCCUCAAUACGAUGAUUCGGUUUUAUGAUCCUCUCCUUCAUUGCUUUACCUACAGGGACUUUCAAUUGGUUCCCACAUUAGAGGAAUUUUCCUCCAUACUAGGAUUACCUGUGCUUGAUCAGAUGCCCUACACUGGUGAAGAAGAGAUUCCUAAGUUAGAAGAUGUUGCUGCUGCGUUGCAUUUGCCUCGAUCAGAAAUUAAAAAGGUUUGGGUGAAUAAAGGAGACUACACUGGUUUGCCUAUUGACUUCUUGUAUAGUCAAGCUGAAAUCUUGAUUAAUGUUGCAAGUAUGGAUGCUCUUGAAAAGGUCCUCACUUUCUUGAUCUAUGGACAAGUCUUAUUCCCUCGUUACGACAAAAUUGUAGAUGUGAUUGCCACUAAGAUCUUCAUCAGCAAUAAUCCCGUUCCUACCUUAUUGGGUGACUUGUUGCACUCCAUCCAUCAUCGAUCAUCUAAAGGAAAAGGUUGCGUUCUUGGGUGUGCACCUCUUCUUCAUAAGUGGUUUACUUCUCACUUACCCCGUUCCAUAAUAAAGAAUGAAGAAGGUGGGACUUGGGUUCAAAGAAUCAUGAGGCUUUCAUACGAUGAUAUCGGUUGGAUCCAAAAAGAGUUUGAAGGAACCCAUUUGUUUGAUAGUUGCGGAGAUUUCCCAAAUGUACCUCUUCUUGGUACCCGAGGAGGAAAAACUUAUAAUCCCAUAUUAGCUCGACAUCAGUUUGGUUUCGCAUUGAAAAACAAACCUCGCUCCAUAUACCAUAACGCAGAAAAUUUUGAUUAUGAUUCAGAUACAACCGGAAAGAAAAAGUUGUUCAUUAGAGCUUGGUCCAAGGUAAAGAAAGUAUGCACGAGAGAAUUGGGACUAAGGAACUACAUCCCUUCAGAUAUUUAUUUUAGGUGGAUUUAUGAUCGAAUUGUUGAGUAUGGUAUGCCAUAUCCAUCUGAUAUCCCUGUUGUGCCAAGGGUUACCCCUCCGGUCAUUCCUGUGGUUUUGGAGCCUUAUGUUCCCGCUCCAAAUGAAGACCUUGCAGCUACUGUUGCUUCUUUAAGAAGAGAAAAGGCUGAUCUUGAAAAGCGCUUACGUGAGGUUGAGGCUGAAAAAGUAGUGUUAGUGGCUGAUGCUAAAGAGCGAGAUGGUAUGCUUGACUAUUUCUCCCGUAAAUGGAAGGUUGAGGACUUCGUCUCUCCAGAUCAAAUACAAUCAUGGGAACAAGAGAUUGAUAGACUCGUCCAAGAAAGAAACGAGAUGAUUAAAGCUCACAAAGAGGAGAUCAGAAGUUUCAAGAGAAAGCACCGACUCGAAGACUGA